ACAAGAAAAAGAAGAUAAAUGUGAAGUGGGUUUUCAAAUUGAAAUUAAAUCCUGAUGGAAAAAUCUCAAAGCAUAACGCCAGGUUGGUGGCUAAAGGGUUCUUACAAAAACAUGACACUGACUACAAUGAGGUGUUUGCUCCAGUUGUAAGGCUUGAAAUUGUAAGAAUAGUAGUGGCUCUAGCUUGCAAGAGGAGGUGGUCACUUUAUCAUUUAGAUGUAAAGUAUGCCUUUCUAAAUGGUCCACCUGAAGAAGUUGUGUUUGUGUCACAGCCUCCUGGUUUUGAAGUACAAGGCAAAGAGAACAUGGUGUAUAAACUUCAUAAGGCUCUGUAUGGUUUGAAGUAGGCCCCUCGAGCCUGGAACAAGAGGAUUGAUCAGUUUCUCACUCAAAUAGGUUUCAAAAAGUGUUCAGUAGAGUUUGGUGUAUAUGUGAAAAGAUCAAGUAAAGAAGAAACCAUGAUAAUCUGCCUAUAUGUGGAUGAUUUGCUCAUCACUGAAAGCAAAACAUCAGAGAUUGAAAAAGUGAAAAACAAGUUGAAAUCCGAAUUUGAAAUGGCUGAUCUAGGUGAACUCUCAUUCUUCCUAGGAAUGAAAUUCCUGAAGAUGAAGACAAGAAUAGUGAUGCAUCAGCAUAAGUACAUAUGUGAAUUGCUUGAGAAAUUUGAAAUGAAUAACUACAAUUCAAUUUCAAACCCAUCAAGGACAAAUUUAAAAAUUGAUGAUGCAGUGAGGAAGAAAGAGUUGAUCCAACAUUGUUCAUACAAAUGGUUGGUUCAUUAAGGUAUUUGUGCAACAGCAGGCCAAACAUUUUCUACUCAGUCAAUGUGAUUAGAAAAUUCAUGCAUGAUCUAAGGAAAACUCACAUAAUAUCUACUAAAAGGAUACUUAGGUAUGUAAAAGGCACAAAGGAGUAUAGGCUGUUAUUCCCUAAUAGAAGUAAAGGUGACAAAAGUGAACUCAUUGGAUACUCAAAUAGUGACUGGUGUGGAGACAUCACAAACAUGAGAAGCACAUUGGGCUAUGUAUUCAAGUUCAACGAAGCAGCCAUAUCAUGGUGUACAAAGAAGCAACUAGUGACUGCUCUUUCAUCCUGUGAGGUAGAAUAUAUUGCAGGAACAUUUGCAACCUGUCAAGCAAUGUGGUUAGAUUCAGUGAUGAAGGAAUUGAGUUGUGAAGUGAUGAAGCCUCUAAUACUCAGAAUUGACAACAAGUCAUCAAUCAGCCUUGCAAAAAAUCCAAUCUCACAUGGCGGAAGCAAACAUAUUGAUACAAGAUUCCAUUUCAUUCGAGAGAAAGUGAGAAAUGGAAUGAUUGAGGUACAAUAUUGUCCAACCGAAGUACAACUAGUAGGCGGUUUUGCAAAGGCUUUAAAGCUUGACAGAUUUGAGUUUUUGAGAAGGAAACUUGGUGUUAUAAGUGUUCAACAAUUAUGAAUUA